AGGAAAGAACCAACGGGCAGGACCAGGACUCGAAAAGCCGCUGGAACCGAGGAGACGGGGCAGGGCGGGCCAGGGCAGGGAUUGCCGUGACGCGUGAACUUGCAGCGGCGCGCCCCUGCAGCGCGUCCACGUCAAUCAAACCUCGGUCAGACUCGCCGAGCCGCGCGUCGCGUCGCAUCUAGUCUCUGCCACUCGUCCGCUGCGCGCUUUGGGAGCUUUGGACGCGGCCGGCGAUGGCGUCGGCGUCGGCGCCGGGGCAGUGGGCGUGGAUGGCGGCGGUAGCGGCGGAGGAGCUGGCGAAGCUGGAGGCCGCGCACCCGGGCCGCCUCGGCCCGCUCAAGGACGAGCUCAGGCGCCUCGUCGUCGAGCCCGGCUGGGACGACGACGACGCGUUCGCGCUCGCCUGCCUGGACGGCGGCGCCCCCGCCGGCUGCUCGUCCCCGUCCCCCUCCUCCCACCCUGCUGCGCCCGCGGACCUUAUGUUCACUCAAGAGUCCUCGACCAACAAGAGGAAGUGGUGCGGCGGUGGCGGCGGCGGUGCGGUCGGCCGCGAGCAGGGGAAGCGCCGGAGGAAGAAUGAGGCUUCGGGGGUGAAGGACAGGGCAGACAUGGCCAUCGACCGUGCCAAGAAGUGCCUGAAGAAGAUACGCGCCAUCAAGCGGAGCCUGCUUGCCCGUGUCACGGAUUGAAGAAACCGAGGAGGGGAAAUCGCGCUAGCGGCUACAAGGAAGGAGAAAGGGAUGGAAGUACCGGAGAUGAUGGGUGGAAAAUUAGGAAAUGGAAUUGGACUUUAUCGAUUGCCUUUUGGCUUGCUUAUUGUUUGCCUUUCUGCAAUUCGGAAAGUGGCAUCAUUUCGUCGAUGCGAUAGUUUAGCUUUCCCACGGAUAAAGAAAAUGAUACUCUAUCUCACGGGAACGUUUAGGGCAA